CCUUUCUAGAAUAUUCAAUGUCUUGAUUAAUAAAUUAAACAAAAUAAAUCCCAACCACCAACCAGAAAAGUGAUUCUCUUCUUCGGGUCGUUGGAGCUGCGUUAAUUGUCAAUCUUCGAUCUUCCUUCUUCAUUCUUCAAGUUACAGUAAGUAAAAACACAUACGCAAUGGCGGAGCCAGUGAACGACGCGACCGUAGACGAAAACAAGGGCAGCCAUGGGGAAGAAACGCUCUACGUCGUUCUCCACCGUUUGAUUUCGAUGAUCAUCUUCCCGGAUGCGGCUUCAUCUGCAUCCAAUUCUCUGCUGCAGCGGAUCAAGAUCUCCACUUCUGAGAAUUGUCCUCGUCUCGGCGAAGCCUCAAGAAACACUGGCCAGAAUGUUCUACAGUGGGCUCGUAGAGGCAGCCCUCUUCGUGCUCUUCUCGUCGUUUCUGUUGGGACAAUUACUCUUCUUACCUUGACAGGAUUGCUCGUAUUUUUGCUUUUCUUUCUUGCUGCAACUGUCAAUGCCAUCAUUAUCUCUCUCCUCAUCUCUUUGGCAAUUGCAGGAUGCUUCUUGGCUUUUUUCUUUUCCUGUGUAACAGCUAUUUAUAUUGGGGCCUUAUCAGUUGCUGCAUUUGUUAUUUCAAUUGCAACAAUUUCAGCAAUUGUAGCUGUUCUUAUAGCUACAGGUUGGGUUGGAUUCUUUUGGGCUGUAUGGUUGGGUACUAAGAAAAGUAUGGGCCUGGCUAAGCAUUCAUUGAGCAUGACUGGAUCAGCUCUUUCAGCUUACUCUCAUGCUCGGCAUGCCCGACGCUACCAGUAACUGGACAAAGUUUCAGAUUGAAAUGCUUUUGUGAACAUAAGUCCCCAUCUUCAAGAAAUCCUAGAUGCUUUCAAUAUUUGUACAAGUUCUGCUUGUGCUUAUUUAUUUGACAGCUUCUGUGCAUCUAUAUGUUGACAGAUGCUGAUUCUUGUUCACAGAUCCGAAGCAUGUGAAGGUGUUUGCCAAUUUAGAAAUGGUUCCAGAAUCAUAGAUAACGAGAUAGUAUUACUGGUUGUCCAAUUACGUAGUCUACUUGCUGGUAAGAUGCUCGAUUUUCCUCUUUAUCUUAUCUUUCAUUUUCCAGAAAAUUUUGGUAUGUUCUUCAUUCCAUUAUGGAUGAAUGGUGUUGUACACUUAUAGUUGUUCCUCUAGAUGGAUGGAUGCUUAGCUUGUAGUGGAAACCAUGGUUGCUAUGGAUCUAUUGUAUAUUGUACUGAAUGGAGUUUGGUUUAUUCUAGACCUGGCUUGUUGUGUAAAAUAUUGAAAUUCAUGUAUUUGUAUCGUGUUAUACACGAAAAUUACGUAUAAUAAUUCGUGUCGACAUGAAAACAUAAAAUGUAUCAUUUUAGUUUUGUUAAAAUUUUUGUUGCUAAAAUUUUGAACUAUGUCAUCUUCGUGUUUGAUAUUGUGUUCAUGUUGUGUUGCUGUGUCGUAUUAUAGAUUGACAAAUCUAAUUUGUUCCCAUGUUUAUUUCUAACAUGUUUUUUAGAGUAUGAUUUACGUAAGUGAUGCUCUGCAAAUGUGUGGUAAAUAGCUGAAUCAAUUAAUAAUAAUAAAUCA